AUGAAAGGGAGCUUGUUUAAGCCUGAAGACAUCAAAAACCUCCCCGUCGCACCACCGCCAGAAGUCGAGUUCGGCAUCAGUGAGAUGCUGCUUCGAGGUCUGUUGCCGGGAUUAAGGCAAUGCGUCGUGGGAAUACGUCGUGAGUUCACUGCAACUCCGUCCCUGUCUGCGAUUCCGUUUGUGAUUGAGAAUGAGGGACGAGGCGAGCGAUCGUACGACAUUUACAGUCGACUGCUGCGGGAUCGCAUUGUAUGUGUCAUGACGCCGAUAACUUACAGUUUUUAUGUGGACGACUUCGUUGCAUCUUCCAUCAUUGCCCAGUUGCUGUUCCUCCAGAGCGACAGCAGCAAGAAGCCAAUCCAUAUGUACAUAAAUAGUCCAGGUGGCAGCGUUACCGCGGGACUUGCAAUCUAUGACACCAUGCAAAUGGUCACCCCUCCUGUUGCCACGUGGUGUGUUGGUCAGGCUUCCAGUAUGGGCUCCUUACUUCUAUGUGCAGGCGAGAAGGGGAUGCGUACAGCGUUACCAAAUUCCCGAAUAAUGGUUCAUCAACCUAGCGGAGGAGCACAAGGUACAUGCUCUGACAUUGUCAUUCGUGCAGAGGAAAUUCAACGUUUGAAAAAGCGCACACAAGAAAUAUAUGUGCAUCAUACUGGGCAAACUUACGAGGUAAUCCAAGAAACUUUGGACCGCGAUCGCUUCAUGAGCGCAUACGAGGCAAUGAAGUUCGGAAUCAUCGAUAAAGUCGAGUCACACAAGGGAUCAAUGCCGACUGAAUAG